GCAUUGUCCCCCGAAAAGCCCUCUCAAUUUUCCCCAAAAUCAAAAAAUGUCUCUUCGACCUAGCACUCGUACUGAAGUCCGUAAGAAAGCGUACAAAAUUGGGGUUGAUGCAGAUGAAGCACGUAGAAGAAGAGAGGAUAAUUUGGUUGAGAUCAGGAAGAAUAAGCGUGAGGAUAAUCUCCUUAAGAAGCGUCGAGAAGGCCUUCUCUUUCACUCGCAGCAGCAAUUACCCGAUGCUGCUCAAACUCCUGAUGCUAUUGAGAAAAGGCUGGAAAGUAUUCCUGUUAUGGUCCAAGGAGUAUGGUCAGAAGAUCCUGCGGCGCAAAUCGAAGCAACUACACAUUUCAGGAAGCUCUUAUCGAUUGAACGCAGCCCUCCAAUUGAUGAGGUAAUUAAAGCUGGAGUUAUCCCUCGUUUUGUAGAAUUCCUUGGGCGGCAUGACCUACCUCAGCUUCAAUUUGAAGCUGCUUGGGCGUUGACAAAUGUUGCAUCUGGAACAUCAGAACAUACUCAUGUUGUGAUUGACCAUGGAGCUGUUCCUAUGUUUGUGCAACUUCUUAGCUCAGCCAGUGAUGAUGUCCGUGAACAGGCAGUCUGGGCUUUGGGCAAUGUUGCUGGUGAUUCCCCUAGUUGUAGAGAUCUUGUUCUAAGUCAGGGUGCGCUGAUGCCAUUGCUGUCUCAGUUGAAUGAACACUCAAAGCUUUCAAUGCUAAGAAAUGCAACAUGGACUCUCUCUAACUUUUGUCGAGGCAAACCACCAACACCAUUUGAGGCAGUCAAACCUGCAUUACCCGUUCUUCAACAACUUAUCCACAUGAGCGAUGAAGAAGUCUUGACAGAUGCUUGCUGGGCUCUUUCUUAUUUAUCUGAUGGCCCAAAUGAUAAGAUUCAGGCUGUAAUUGAUGCAGGUGUCUGUCCACGACUAGUGGAGCUUCUUCUUCAUCCAUCACCUACUGUUCUCAUACCAGCUCUCCGGACCGCGGGAAAUAUUGUUACUGGUGAUGAUGCUCAGACACAGUAUGUGAUUGACAACCGAGUCUUGCCAUGUCUAUAUCAAUUGUUAACUCAAAAUCACAAGAAAAGCAUCAAGAAAGAAGCAUGCUGGACAAUAUCUAAUAUCACUGCUGGAAACAGAGCCCAAAUACAGGCUGUCAUUGAGGCAAAUAUUAUUCUUCCACUGGUACACCUAUUGCAAAAUGCAGAAUUUGACAUUAAGAAGGAGGCAGCAUGGGCCAUCUCAAAUGCUACCUCUGGAGGAUCUAAUGAACAGAUACGGUUCUUGGCAAGUCAAGGUUGCAUUAAGCCACUAUGUGAUCUCCUAAUUUGUCCAGAUCCCAGAAUCGUUACGGUAUGCUUGGAAGGGCUCGAGAAUAUACUGAAGGUGGGCGAGAUGGACAAAGAAACUGGUGCGAAUGGUGGAAUCAAUUUGUAUGCACAAAUGAUCGACGAAUGUGAGGGAUUGGACAAGAUUGAGAAUCUCCAGACUCACGACAACAACGAGAUAUAUGAGAAGACUGUAAAGAUCUUGGAGAAAUACUGGGCUGAAGAAGAUGAAGAGCAAAAUCUUCCUGAUGGUGUUGAUGGAAAUCAGCAAGGUUUCCAAUUCGGAAACAACCAGCCUAAUGUUCCUGCAGGUGGAUUCAAGUUUGGCUAGAAGGUUAUAGUGAGUCUAUUUUGCUUUAUAGGUCUCUCUUCUCUUGUGGAUCACAAUUUUAGACUAUGUAAUUGGAUCUUGUUGUCGCCAAGGGUCAGGGUUUUUGGUCUGGCACAAAGGCCUUUUGAAUUGUCUGAAAAUGUAAUGGUUUAGUUUGUGUUUCUAAAUUUUCAUUGAACUUUCAACGUCA